UUUUAUUCUGUUGUAAACUAUAGUUAUAUAUGCUGGUGUUAUCUUUAUAGUAACUUAGGGAGUUAUAAAGACGGUUUAUUUACAAUAUAUGAUCCACGAUACAGUUAUAUUUGCAAUAUCUAAAACGUCGCCCAUGAAUUGAGUCGCAAUGGAAGGGACCAGCGUGAAAAAGGAAGAUAAAAAACAACUUCCUUUCGGUCGUGCCUCUAGUAAAGAUAAAGACGACAAUGCGUUCCAAAAUGAAAACUACAGAAAUUCCAAACGAGCAUCUGUCCUGCCACGUAGAAUGAGGACCCGACUCCAUUCAUUGUUCGACCAAAUAGAAGAUGAAUUUAGUGAAAUAUACACCGAGAAUACUGAACUUAGAAAAACGAUUACGGCGUUGAAUGAAAAACUACAAACAUGUGAUCAUGCACCUUCAGAUAAAAAUGAACUCGCCCCAACUAAUGGAUUAGAUAUAUUGAAAAGCAACAUCAAAGGAAAAUCCUCCGGGAUCAGUUCCAGUCAAUUAUCACAAAGGUUGAAAACAACGUACAAAACUGGGACAAGCAAACUUGUGUCCAGUUUCAAACCUUCUGCCAAUGUUAUUUGUAAAGCUGUGCAGGAAUUCCGAGGGCACAAGGAUGGAAUAUGGGACGUCUCAUCUUCACAAGUUAACGUUAACAUUGCUGGCUCCGCUUCUGCCGAUCAAAAGGCUAAACUACGGAACACACAGAAUGGUGAGUGCGUGGCAACGUAUCAUGGGCACUCUGGUUCCGUAAACUGCGUACGAUUCCACCCCGAGAGACAAGUUGCUCUCACUGUGUCAGGUGACACCACGGCGCAAGUGUGGGGUUACGAUUGCUCAGGGGUUAACGAUGAAUUAAACGACUAUGAUAGUGUAGAAGACAGCACCCCCCAAGUCAGCCAGGAUUACCACAACCCGCUUAUUUGUGUCACGUGCCACACCUCCCCUGUCGUGGGAUGUGAUUGGCUAAUGGAUGGCGUACAUUUCGUAACAGCAUCAUGGGAUAGAACGUCGUGUCUUAUUGAUUCUUCAACGUCACAAACUGUCCAAACACUCAGCGGGCACGACUUACCCCUUACAUAUGUUAGUGCGCAUUCGAAACAAAAGUUAAUUGUGACAUCAUCAAAAGACGCCACGUUUCGAGUUUGUGAUUUCCGUGUUCCAACAGUGCAUACGGUGAUCGUGGGUCAAGGACACACUCAGUCUAUUUCAUCAGCCGUGUUUACAACUGAUGAAAAGAUAGUAAGCAGUAGUGACGAUCGCUGCGUCAAAGUUUGGGAUUUAAAAAGCAUGCGUGCCCCUAUUGCUUCCAUGAGGUUCGAUUCUCCCGUGAAUCGAAUAUCUGUAUCACGACGUGGCGUGAUCGUGAUUCCUCAUGAUAAUAGACAGAUCCGUUUGUACGACACAAGCGGGGCUCGAAUCGCUCGAUUACCGAGAAACGACCGAACCUCGCAUCGACGGGUGGUUACCGCGGCAACUUGGGUGGAAGGGGCGACACCUAGUGUUCUAACCUGUGGAUGGGAUAAACUGAUCAUCGGGUGGAACAUAGAAAUACCAAACUCACUGACAUUGCAGAAAUAAUGUUUCUAUAAGGGUAAGGUCCUUGCCAGAGGAUUAAGCCAGAUUUGGCCCAACACCCAACAUCAUGAUAAAUAGAAGUCAAACUUCAAGUAAAACUUGGGGUUUUUAAACAGUGUUGCCUCUAAAGAAGCUGCUUCAGCUGCUAUAAUCGCAACACUUGGAUUCAUUGUUGGUCUUGAAACUGAUAUGGCAACACUGUUAUCAACAUAAAGACACAGAGAAGACAUCUGUAUGUUGCGAUAAUUUAAACUUGCAAUUCCAGAUGUAAAAAAACAUUAGACAACGACAGAUAGAAGAAUUCUCCCUGUUGCUAAAGUUCAAAGCAAUGAAUUUAAAAACUUUCCACGCCAGACGUAAAGUUACUAAACUCGUUAUUGUAUUACAAGCUUACAAUUCCAAACCAUUUGUCCCAGCUGUAACAUGAAGAUAACAACAGAAAGAAGAAUCUUUACUUUUUGAGUUAGAAAAUUACAAAAACUUUUGGCUAUGGGCAAAAAGUUACUGAAUCUGUUUCUCUACUGCUAGGUUCACAUCUCGAGCCAGAACAUCUCUGAUAUUUGUUUUUAUGCUUGCCACAACAUGAGCAACAUGGCAAGCUAAUGUUUACCAUAUUUAAAGUUUCUUAUAUUAGCUGAUUCACUGUUCAAAUGACCACUUGCUGCUUAAAGAAAAACUUAGAAAAAAUUGUGAUAUUACCUGACUGUGUCUUAGACUUUUGUUCAAUUCUGAGUGUUCUGAAAGGCUCUCAACUACAGUGUUUGUUCUACUUGACAUAAAUAGACACAGAACACUGCCAUAGCUAGCCAGUAUGCUUUAUAGUAUUCCUUUGUAUAAAAAAGCCUGAAAUUUUGGCUCCAGAUGCUACUCAAAUGUAGCCUACUUAACCAAUAACUGCACUGAAUAAAUUAUUGUAAAUUUUAUAUAAAAUAACCCCCGCAACUGACAUAUUGUAACAAAUUUCAACAUUUUUGUUUGUAUGACGUCUUCCCCAUAACAGUUCCUGUACCGUAAGUUUCAAUUACUCGAAGUGGUAUCUCCCCACGCAUGAUUGCCACGUACAGCAGAAUUUCUAAAUAUUGCAUUUCAUAUUUUCUUCAAGAUCUUUGUGUUUUUCUCUACGAUACAAUUUCUCCGAUAACAGCACUUUUAAAUUCUGCCAAUUUUUUCAUUGUCUACUUUAUGUAACACAAUAUUUAAAAAGACCAAUUUGUUGCAUACAAGACAUACAUAGGCGCCAAACCUGGGGUGGCAGGGUAGGCAGGCUACCCUCAAAUUUCUGCACUGCAUUAUUAGUAAACAUUAGAACCAAAUUUGUUCAAUAGAAUACGCAUCCCUGCCUCCCCUACAUUUUAAAAGGUUUGGUGCCUAUGUUUACAUACAUAGGUGCCCUUUAAAAAACAAGCAUUCAAUUUUCUUUCUUAAAAUGAUUUUUGAUUCUAUUUUCCCAACCACAAAACACUUUUGUGUUAAUUUUUUUUCCACUUUUUAGCCCUGUACUGAAUGUGAAAUAAUUGUUGGUAUCCAGAUUAUUGUUGCACCAUCCGCAAGUACUGCUGUAUGAUUUGUAACACACGUGUGCAUAACAGCAUUAUUUUGGGAAGUAACUUGAUUGACUUUGUUAGCAUGAUUCGCAGUAUUUUUAAUAAACCAGAUCUGCUCUCA